AUGUCGCUACAGCCUGAACCAGAGACGCAUCCGGUGUCGCGCGCCAAAGCACCGUGGGCGAUGAAAGCUGAGAGCUAUCUGCUAUUCCUCAAACUCAAGGAAUUGCCCCAGGGCGUAUAUGAUGAACUUGAGGAAGUAUGGGCAGGCGAUGAGUUUGGCAAAUUCAAGGGAGGACUCGGUGCGGUAGUGAUUGUUCGGUAUAGUGAUACUCCAGCUGGCCCCUACGACGAACUCAUCCUUGUCCCCGGUAACUUCACCAUCCCCCCACCUUCUUCCGGCCCUCCCAAAAUCGCCAAAAGGUCCCUGCGCAUCGCACGUAUAUACGUCUCCCAGCGCACCACCACCUACAACGGCCGCCUCAACUGGAACAUCCCCAAACACCUCGCGCGCUUCUCCUUCUCCGCGCCGCCCGCAACCAACACCUCUUUACCCCAGACUCUAGACGUCCGCGUGUUCCCACCCAAUUCAACCGAUGGUGAUGGCACGAAGCCAUUUUUCUCGUGCACGCUCACACCCUGGCGCUGGGUGCCCGCGAUUCCGGUAAACAUGGCGUAUGUCCCGAUGAGUAUGGUGCUCACGCAGCCGCCGUGUCCGCAGGCGGCGGGGCAGCGGGCUGCUGUUGAGUCGGAGAUGCUGCUGGAGAGUCCGAUUAACCCUAAUGACAUUAGCGAGAAGAAUGAGGAAGCGGUGCUGGUGGGGACGGAGCGGUGGUGUGCGACGGAGUUGGGGGCGAGGAGCUGGGCGAGGGGAUGUUGGGUUGAGACGCAUGCGGGUGAGGAGGUCGAGGAGGGGAAGUGGUGGCCUAAGGGAGUGAGGACUUGGGGUGUUGGGGGCUGGUUGGAAGAUGGGGUUUUUGAGUUCCCGGAGGCGGUGGAGUGGAAGUUGUAG